AUGGACAAGGAUGUAAGCCGUAACAUGAGUGUACUACGGGAGCAAUCGUCACUGAUCGUGGAACGACAAUCUGCGUGUGCUACCUAUUUAUCAUGCAGGACCGUGCCAUCGAAAGUAUCGGGAGUGUAUCUCAUCCGCAUUGACAACGCUACGACACAAUUUAAAGCAUUUUGUGAGCAAAAUAGGCUUGGAGGCCGUUGGCUUGUGGUGCAACAUCGGUUCGAUGGCUCGGUUGAUUUUUACCGGAACUGGACCGAAUACCGCGAAGGUUUUGGUGAAGUAGACAAGGAGUUCUGGCUCGGGCUGGAAAAGAUACACCAGAUCACGACGGCUCGGCCACACGAAAUAAUCAUCGAGAUGAAGGACUUUAGCGGUGUUCACAAGUUUGCCCGCUAUGAUGCAUUCAAAUUAAGCGGUGAAAAUGAUCAAUAUAGGCUCACGCUAGGAAAGUACAGGGGAACUGCAGGUGACUCAAUGAAAGUUAGUAAAGGAAUGAAAUUUUCAACCAAAGAUCGAGAUAACGAUUUGAGUACUGAUUAUGCUUGUGCACGAGAGAUGGAAGGAGCCUGGUGGUACAAGAACUGUGCCAAUGCAAACUUGAACGGACGGUACCAGAAUACUACCCAUCGGAAGUCCAUGCAUUGGUAUCAUUUCCAAAAAGACUUUCAAGGAAUGAGCUGCUCCAGGAUCAUGAUACGGGAAUUACGAUAA